CCCUCCUGGCAGCUCCAGUCCUCUGCCCCUCCUCUUCCUCCCCUGCUUGUUUCUAAUGGAUCCAUAUAUUCUCAAGUCAGGCUGUUGCUCCUGAUUACCCGAGCCUGUCAAUGCGUUUCGUCUUGUGAAUUUUCUGCUUGGAUGUACGUCCUUGUCUUGUCUGCUGUUUUCAUCGUGUCAGCAUGUGUGUUCCUGUCUUUUCCCCCCCAUGUCUCCCCGUCUCCUUGAUGUGUACUAAUGUCCUUCACGUUGUCUCACACUCAUAAUGCCUUCCAUCGCUUUUUUUUUAUUAUUUCAGCUUCUCUGAGGUCCUUUUGGUUCAGCGUUGCUCCUUAUUCAGGAAACUGGAAUGUACCAGAACCACACCAAAGACACAAACAACAACUGCAGCAAAAGCCUUCUCUGUGAGAACAAGGCCAAGCUUGUUCAGUCUAUUAAAAGAAUCAAACAUGAGGUAGACGAAUGCAGAGAAGCAGAGAGAGACACGUACACAGACUCGGUGGAAGUAGAGAACAGGUUUGAUGAACUAGAACGAGAAGUCAGAGCCGAGUUUCAGAACCUCCAUCGCUUCCUGGAGGAGGAGGAGUACCAGAACCUGGAAAGACUGAAGAGGGAGAGACAGAAACUUCUGAAGCAGCUGAAGGAGAGAGAGAAGAAGAUAGGCGCACAAGGAAGGGACCUGGAGAGAGCAAUAACGGUGCUGAACAGCAAGUUGGCCGAGGAGGACAGUCCUAACCUGUUCAAAGAAAUCCAAGAUCUUGUAAAAAGGUCUCAGGUCCACUUCAUUCGUCCUGCAGAGGUGGACACAGAGGUCCCCUCAGGUUGGUUUGUGGGUCCCAUCCAAUACAGGAUAUGGAAACACAUGAAAAGCUGCCUCUACCCAAAUAUUACAUCGGUGAGGUUUGACCCGGACACUGCCCACCCUAAUCUAUGCCUGUCUGAGUCCUGCACUUCCGUUUGGUUCGACGUAGAGAAAGACACUUCUGAGGUCCAGGCCAACCCGCGUCGCUUCCACUAUUACUACUGUCUGCUGGGCCACCAGGGCUUCAGCACCGGCCGACACUACUGGGAGGUGGAGGUGGGCUACAAGACGGCGUGGAGGCUGGGCGUGGCGCGGGAGGAUGUCCCCAGAGGAGAGAUGACGGCGACGGGAACCUCAAUCGGCCUCUGGACUUUGGCCUUCAAGGGCGGGUCUGUCCUGGCCUGCACGGAUCCGAAACCCACCAAGAUCACCGUGUCCGCCCAGCUGGUCCGCAUCGGCGUGUUCCUGGACUGUGAGGGCGAGGAGGUGACUUUCUACAACGCUGUUACCAUGGCGCCCAUUUACACCUUCUCCAUGGGAACCGUCAUGGUUCCCCUGUUUCCCUUCUUCAACCCGUGUGACACAGACGACGGAAAGAACACGGCGCCAAUCGCAAUCUUUAACCCCUCGCUUUAGGACCUCAGCAUCUGGAUUGAUGGACAAACUGAAUCCUGGAAGAAUCAUUAAAAUGUAAUUUAUUUCUCAGUUUGCUUGAUGCCAAACAGGUUCAGUUUAUUGUCUUGUUUAUUUAAAGGGGCAGUACUAUGAGUUCUCCAGCCACAUAGUGUCAUUUUAUAAAUGUACCUUCAGUUGUUAUCAAAAUGCUGUAUAGAUCAAAUAUGACCUAAAAGAAAUUUGACUUUGUAAUUUAACACCUUGAAAUUCUUUAAGAAACUCUUGUUCUUUCUGACACUCGGACUUCAGGAAAUCACGUUUUUACCAGAUUUACACUGAUAAGUAGCUCAUGUAAUGAGCUCAUUAGAGUUUUAUCAGGUGCUUGCUAAUUGCUGCUGGCUAGUCUGAGGAGCUUCAUCUCAAAGGCGGAGCUAGGUCCACCCAGGCGCUUUGCUCAGCUUGAUAUUUACCACAGGAGAUUAAAUGACUUCUCAAACAUACAAGAAAGAAUCAAAGCAACACUCCAGAUGUGUUUUUGAUGAGGGAAUAACAUUAAAGCAUGAUAUGAAGGUCAAAUAAGUACAUUUUACACAACACUGCCCCUUUAAUUUAAAACAGGAACAAAAAGAAAUGCAAGCUAUUACUAAUAAUUAUUGUAAACAGAACAAUUUAUUUUCCAGACUGAUUGUUUUCUAUAAUGCAGAAUGAGCAGCCAAGUUACACAAUGUCUGCAUUUAUUAAAAUGAUUUUAAGACUGGUC